AUGAAACCGGCCGGUCGCACAUUUAUUAUCUCCGGCGGAUGCUCCGGGCUUGGCCUGGCUACAGCCCGCGACCUACACCAAGCUGGAGCUUACGUUGCGCUGUUGGAUGUGAAUGCGGACGCUGGCAGCGCUGUCAUCCAACAACUCGGGGAACAAAGAGCAAAGUUCUGGCAGGCUGAUGUGACCGACACAUCAAGCCUUGAGACUGCAGUUAAUAGCACUGCUGAAUGGAUCAAACAAACCGGGUCUGUCCUCGCUGGUGUUGUCGCAGCGGCUGGAGUUGGCUUGCCAGCAAAGAUCUAUGAUGCAAGAACAGAGUCGCCAGUUGCGAUGUCGAGCAUCGACUUCGUCCUCAAUAUCAAUAUUCGAGGAACAAUUGAUCUCAUCCGCCUUUCUGUGCCACACAUGGUCAAGAACAGUCCGUUAACAGAGGAUGGUGAGCGAGGAGUCAUUAUCAUGGUCUCCUCAGCCGCUGCCUUUGACGGACAGCCAGGUCAAGUCGCAUAUGCCGCCUCCAAAGGAGCAGUGGCCUCAAUGACAUUACCGUUGGCCAGAGACCUUGCGCGGCACGGAAUUCGCGCAGUCACAAUCGCACCAAGCUUAUUUGACAGUGCAAUGACCCGACAGCUGCCUGACAAGGCUCGUAAGAGUUUGGAGAGGGUGAUGGAGUUUCCGGUCAGAGCCGGGAACCCGGAGGAAUUCUCGAGCUUGGUGAUGCAAAGCGUCACUAAUUCCAUGUUGAAUGGCACUGUACUUCGACUCGAUGGUGCCAUGAGGAUGCCCAUGGCGCCUGGUUUCUCCGGCCGUCGUAAGAUCCCUUUUAUCGAUGACCGCUCCACACUACACAACAUAGAUUGUGCCUACUCUGUCUCGCCGGUCAAGAGUCGAUUAUUAGCCCAGAACUUAGCUACACAGCCGAGCGCAUCCAGCGCAACUCCCGACGAGUCUACGCUUCUCACGACCGAGAAUGGCAUGUCAAGUAACACAACAUCGCCAUCGAUUGUGUCCGCCGAGUCCGACCCGUUGUUAAUAUUGGAUCCGCGACGCGAUGGCAGUCUCCCAGCAGACUUACAUCUACGCGACUUGGAAUUGAUGCAUCAUUACUGUCUUGAAAGUUAUAAAUCCAUCUCCCAGGAUGACGCAUUUGCACAACCCUUCCAGAAAGAGGUCCCCAAGAUCGCCUUGUCGCAUCCGUUUCUAAUGCACGGGGUUCUAGCAUUAUCUGCCCUACAUUUAGCGUAUCUGAACAAAAACGGUGACCGGGUCAACGAAUACGAUGAGCUCGCUGCGGGGCACCAGACACUGGCACUGGCAUUAUUUAGGAAGGAGCUGGACAAUAUUACGCCGUCGAAUAGUGCGGCGCUCUUCGUGUUUUCAAGUAUAGCGACCGUGCUUGCCUUUGCUUCGCCACAAAUCUCAGGAAUGCAUUCUCUGUCACCGAUCGACGAGAUGCUACAAAUCAGUACCUUGUGUCGGGGAAUCGCUGAAAUUCUCCAAACAUCGAGAGGAUGGCUGGAAAAUUCCUCAGAUAGUUGGGUUACGGAUAUGCUCUCCUCUAGGAAGCGAUCUUCGAAAAUGCAGUCCCCGCCCGCAGACAUUGAAGCAAAGCUCGCUCCGGUUUAUAAGCUCAAUGCGGAUUUGACAAGGACUGGGCUCAACAUUCAAGAAGCAGUGGCAUGUGAAGAAGCCAUCUCUGAACUGUCACAUGUUUUCCAGCGACUCAACUCGGGCUACCAGGACUUGCGUCUCUACGUCAACAUGUCCAUGUUUCGGUCUGCGGCAGACAUCUCAUCCUCGGAUCCGGAGUCUAGCUCGGAAGAAAGUGACAAUGAUAGUCUGCCAGAGAUCCAUGUCGGUGCCGGGCAACCGACGGAUGCAGCCGCCAGUUUAGAUGAACUCCUUUUAGAUGAUUAUGACCUUCCUACACCGGGACGCCUAGGACAGGACAACAUCCUGGGAGGUGCAUUAGAUCUCGAUGCCGAUGGACAUGCAUCUGUAAUGACGUCGGCUUUACUAGAGUUUUUCUGUCUUACUCGUGCUGCCGAAUUCCUCAAUGCACAGCCCAGAUCUUUUGGUCGGUUCACCCGGGAUUCUCCAGAGGUUAAGCAAUUGGCAAAGCAAAUGUUCCGUUAUAAGUCACAGUUUCUGUCCACCCAUGGAAUCGUAGCCGGUGGUAUUGAAGAUGAUGAUUGGGAAAGGAUCCGUCAGUAUUAUCGAGACAACCUCGACAUAUUAGGCAACGCAGUCAUUGGAGACGCAAAAGUUGAUAUUUCAUCCGAGAGGCCGACCUCUCGAGAAGGAGACAUUGAGUUCGCUCGGCCUGCGUUGACUAAGUCUCAAUCUCUUAUCUCCACCACCACCAAAAUCUACCAAGCCGCCAUUGAGCCAGGUCCCUCAAGUAGCAGUCAUUGGAACGUGCAAAAACGCAACCCAGGUCCUCCUGUCAAUCAAGGCCACUCGGAAAGCUUUUUGCAUUUGAACAACUUAUUACGAGCUCCUCAGGUCCCUGUAGGUGAACCAGGCACCAUGGCGCUGGUCAGCACCAAAUUCGAGCCGACAAUCGAUCACGGAUCCAGGUACGCUUCGGAAUUUCUAGAAGUCAAACUACUAGGUCGUGGAUCCUUUGGUCAAGUCUAUGAAGCGCGGCACCAUGUUGAUGGCCAGAGCUACGCCGUGAAAAAAAUACCACUGAGCAAGUGGCGAUUGGAAAUGCUGCAGCAAGAGGGAGUUCAGCAUUUGGAGCACAUACUCAAGGAAAUUAGGACAUUGGCCCGUUUGGAACAUAAAAACGUUGUUCGAUAUUUUGGCGCUUGGGUAGAAGAAAGACAUGCAUUACCGGAGACUGCACCUUCAGACCCAGCAGAAAACCUACACAUCGGAUUGGAACCAUCCGAAGAGAAGCAUGAUCCUGCAGAAGAGGACCAAAGUUUUGGAAUUGUUUUCGGCUUAUCUAGUAAUGAUGGUGAACACGACGAUGACAACAAAUCGGACUCUCACAGCCACGGAACAAGUGCCUGGUCAAAUUCUCGCCCACGUCGGGACAGUCGCUUCACCAAUGCGUCGUCAUUAUCAAAGAAAAGCACAAUCCUGAGUAGUGGAGACUAUGAUGAUGAAGAUGUUGAAUCUAUCCAAAGAAAUUUCAGCAUCCCGAAAGCGGGAGUGCUUUCACACGACUAUACAUCAACAAGCGAUUUUACGGGCACGGACAUCUUUACAAACGAUAUGAGCGAAGAUCCAUCAAAGUUCCAGCUUGCACGCCGAGACAAGACUACGCAGAAUCAGACAGUCGUCCUGCAUAUUCAAAUGUCGUUACAUCCUCUAACCCUGAGCACAUUCCUUAAUCCUAAACACCGUUCAACAUCAGCCUGUCAUUGCUUCCAUCUCCUCCCAUCCCUACGGAUACUCCUUGGCAUACUAUCAGGAGUAGAGUACCUUCACUCAAAGGGCAUUGUCCAUCGUGACUUGAAACCAGCCAACAUAUUUCUCUCGGUCCGUGAGGAUGAUGAAAGUGGCUGUCACUCUUGUCGCGGUGUGAAUGACCAGCCUAUCAGAAAUCAGUACCGUCCUCGCAUAGGAGAUUUCGGCCUUGUAGCAGAUAUCUCGCAUUGUGCGGAGACGACGGUCACCAGCGGCGUGGUUGCUGUUCAGACGGGACAAAGUCCAAGGAGAAGACUCCGACACGUCGGUACGGAAUUCUACUGUCCACCGAGACCGGGUUCUGCUUCAAAUUUGGACUCGAGCCAAUACUCAAUCGAUGAGAAGCUAGACGUGUUUGCACUAGGCGUUAUACUAUUUGAACUGCUUUACCGUCUGAGCACUAAGAUGGAACGACAGUUGGUAUUGUCUGAAUUGACUCGUCGCGGAUUGCGAGAUGGCACCGUCCGGAUGCCUCACGAUUUUGAGGAUAAGAUUGAAUGCGGUCGAGUCAAACUUGUCAAUGGUAUAUCCGUUGCUGAGUCGCUGUCUACUUGUAUUCAGGGCAUGCUUCAUCCUGAUUCUCAUAGGCGGUGGAGCUGUAAGGAUGUUCGAAAAUCAUUGCAGGAGAUUGUUUGUAUGAUAGAGAAUGAGCCAUCGCUUCGAGAUUAG